AUGUGGAAACCUGAAGACUCCAGUGUACAAACACAGAGAACGGACUUUUUAGUGAGAUUCACUGAAUUCUUUAAACCACAAGAAAGUUGUGAUUCUAACUGGAUAUCCUUCAGUGCAACAGGUCUCCGGGCUGACCUGGAAAGCAAACUGUUCGGACAGCACAUUGCUUCACGCAUCAUCCUGAAAGCUGUGAAUAGAUUCAUGAGCAAUGACAACCCAGAGAAGCCCCUGGUGCUCUCUCUGCAUGGACGGCCAGGCACAGGAAAGAGCUUUGUCAGUAAGCUCUUAGCUGAAAACAUUUACAAGAAGGGAAUGGAAAGCAGCUUUGUCCAUCUUUUCAUAUCUCAUUAUCACUUCCCGCAUUCAAGUCAAAUUGAUACCUACAAGUCUGAGUUAAAACAGUGGAUCAAAGGCAAUGUAACCAACUGUGCACGAUCCAUGUUCAUCUUUGAUGAGGUGGACUAUAUGCAUCCUGGCUUGAUUGACAGCAUUACACCGUACCUGGACUACUACUACAAGAGGCUGGACGGAGUGUCUUAUAGGAAAGUCAUCUUCAUCUUCCUCAGCAAUGAUGGAGGGGAGAGCAUCACACAGACGGCUUUAAGGUUCUGGAGAGAAGGAAAAGAUCGAGAAGAGAUCGAGCUCAAUGACCUGGAAACGUCGCUCUCUGAAUCAGCUUUUGAGAACAAGGAGAGUGGCUUGUGGCAGUCAAGGUUGAUUGAGCAGAACCUGGUGGACUUCUUCAUCCCAUUUCUGCCUCUGGAGUACCAACACAUCAUUCAAUGUGUCAUGGCUGACAUGAAAGCCAAAGGACGGCAGCGAAACCAGAAUGAGGCGCACAAGCUGGCCAGAGCUUUGGAAUAUUUCCCCAAAUUUGAAAGAGUGUUCUCUGUCAGAGGCUGCAAGACAAUAGUGAGAAGGCUGGACUAG